ACGCUCACCUGAGUGACGUGUUUCCGCCCAGCAGAUCCGCGCCGUUUCUCAGUAGGACAGACGCACAAUGUCUGUAGACGUGGAGAAGAUCAUUCAGUGCAUCCAACAAGGCGACCAGGACCGUGUCCAGAUACAGCUGGAUGACUACAACACAGAGUACGCCCAGUGUUUCUUUAUUAACAUGGAGGAACGAGAAAGGAAAAAGCAGCGAGAGUUGGACGAGUUUCGCAGGAAUAAAGUAAGAGACCACGUUCCUGACUCGGACUCAGCCGAUGAGGACGGUGAGAAUCCGGAGCUCAUCUUACGCAGGCGACUGGCUGAAGCCCUGAUCUGCUUCAUCAGGACUCGCCUCCAGCCGGGCGUCCUGGGCGUGUGCCUGCGCACCCUGCGCAUUCUUUCCCGUGACCGCCAGGCACUGGCACCCUUGAUCACUGACUUGGCCAUCCUCACCCUCACCCGCUUGGGGGGCAUCAGCACGCCACACAUGUUCCACCAGGAUGAGAAGGAGGAAAAGGAGAAAGAGGAGUCGGCUUCCACAAACGAUACCCGGAUGAGCUUCGAGUCCCAGAGUGACCCCUGCAUAGAAGAAGAUGUCGCAGGGAAAAGGAGCAGCUGCUGCGAGCUGGACGGGGCUGAAGGGAUUCAGGGUGUGCUGGAGAGAGGGAAGAAGGAUACCAGGGAAGAGGGGGAUGAGGACGGAGGUGAAUGGUAUGAUGAUGGAGAGGUGUGGAGGAAAGAGGCCGUGAAGGUGCUUUGUAACAUCAUCUACAACAGCCAGAGGGCGCAAGAGAGAGCCAGUGUACUACGACUUUUACCAGGACUUUCUAAAAAGCUGAAAGAUGGCAUCUGUUCAGGAUCUCCAACCAGCGGGCAGUUUUAUGACCUGCGGCUGCUUUUUCUCCUGACGGCGCUACGUCCUGAGCUCCGGCGCCAGCUCCAGCAGGAACGUGGCGUUUCCAUGCUGAGCGCCGCCCUGGAGCAGUGUUUGGAGGUGCGCUGGGCGGACGUGUACGAGGUCGUGACCGAGCCCACGUCGCCUCCUGUCGGUAGAGAGGUUUCCCAGCGAGCCAUUGAGAUUCUGAAGGUCUUGUUCAACAUCACGUACAGCGUCCACAGACAGCAACCCGACGAGGAGGAUGCGGCUCUGUACCGCCGUCUAGCUGCAGUGUUGCGUCACUGCCUGCUGUUAUCCUGUGAAAGUGAAGAGUUAACAGACGAGCUGCAAGGACAAACGAUCAAUGUGCUGUCAGCUCUUCCUCUGCAGUGUCUGGAUGUUUUGGUCUCCACGCGUCUCUCGGAGAGUUCGAAAGAGUCCGCUGGCGUCAACAUGGACUGUGUCCACCACCUGCUGCUCUUCAUGGAGAGGAAAGUGGACCGAGGACACAAGCUGAAGGAGAGGCUGACACCGGUGCUGAACCUCCUAACCGAAAGCUGUAGGGCUCACAAAGAAACCAGACACUACCUCAGACAGCAGAUCCUGCCCCCGCUGAGAGACGUGGCUCUGAGACCAGAGCAGGGGGACGCGCUCCGGAACAAACUGGUGCGACUCAUGACCCACGUGGACACUGAGCUGAAACACUGCGCCGCAGAACUGCUAUUUGUGCUUUGCAAGGAAAACGUGAGCCGCUUCGUGAAGUACACAGGUUAUGGGAAUGCGGCAGGUUUGUUGGCAGCUCGAGGUCUCCUCUGCGGGCGUAGCUCGUCCCCCCAGCCUCAGUACUCCAGCGACUCGGACUCGGACACAGAGGAGUACAGACAGGCCAAAGACAGGAUCAACCUGGUGACAGGGCGAGUGGAGGAGCCCCAGCCGGACCCCAUGGAGGGAAUGACCGAGGAGGAGAAGGAGGCUGAGGCGGUGCGCCUCAUGGCUAUGUUCAACAGGCUGUCCAGGGAUAAAAUCAUUGAGGCGAUGUCAUUGACACCGGAUGGACGACUAGAGCCGCUCUGUGGCCGUAUGAGGAACAGCACCCUGCAGGAGGAGGAGGAGGAGGAAGAUGCGGACAGUAAUGAUUUAGAUUAG